AUGUGCACUGUGAAUGGAUAUGUUGACUGUAAGAAUGAAAUAGCUAGGCAUGAUAAAUUGUCACAUGAUAAGACUCAUGAUGUCUACAUUAUAGGUGAGGAUGAUUCUCAGGAGAGUGAGAGUAAUUUGAGGAAGGCUUUUGAGGAAGCAGAGAAAAAUGCACCCUCAAUUAUCUUCAUUGAUGAGAUUGAUUCCAUUGCUCCUAAGAGAGAGAAAACUCAUGGGGAAGUUAAAAGGCACAUAGUGUCUCAACUGUUGACACUGAUGGAUGGGUUGAAGUCUCGUGCUCAUGUAAUUGUCAUUGGGGCUACGAACAUGCCAAACAGUAUCGAUCCAACUCUUAGACGAUUUGGUAGGUUUGACAGAGAAAUUGACAUUGGUGUUCUUGAUGAGAUAUCUUGCACUUUAUGCACUGAAGCUGCUCUCCAGUGUAUCCAUGAAAAGAUGGACAUAAUUGAUCUAGAAGAUGAAUCAAUUGAUGCUGAGAUUCUCAAUUCUUUGUCUUUUACAAAUGAACACUUUAAGACUGCUUUGGGAUCUAGUAACCCAUCUACCCUCCGUGAAACUUUUGUUGGGUUUUGA